CUGGGCCGAAGGAAGCGCAGGGCAAUGGCGCUCAGCCCCCCUGAAAGGCAGUCGGGCCCGCCAGAGCCCCCGCACCCGGCGCUCCCGCAGCAGCAGCAGCACGAGGAAGACGAGGCGGAUGGCGACGUCGUCCUGGACUCCCAGCGGCUGCGUGGCCUGGAGCCCGAAGCCGGCGGGAUCCCCCUUCACUCGCCCUGGACCUUCUGGCUCGACAAGUCCCUUCCUGGCACUACAGCAGCUGAAUGUGCAUCAAAUUUAAAGAAGAUCUAUACAGUCCAAACUGUACAGAUCUUCUGGAGUGUUUAUAAUAAUAUUCCUCCUGUGACAAACCUGUCUCUGAGAUGUAGUUAUCAUUUAAUGCGUGGAGAAAGACGACCACUGUGGGAAGAGGAAAGCAAUGCCAAAGGAGGUGUAUGGAAAAUGAAAGUCCCGAAAGACAGUACGUCUGCAGUUUGGAAAGAGUUAUUGCUAGCUACUAUUGGGGAACAGUUUGCAGAUGCAGACCACUGUGCAGGAGGUGACGAAGUAAUAGGUGCUAGCGUCAGUGUUCGUGACCGGGAAGAUGUUGUUCAAGUCUGGAAUGUAAAUGCAUCAUUAGCAAGUGAAGCUACAGUUUUAGAAAAGAUCUAUGAACUUCUGCCCCAGACAUCUUUUAAAGCAGUUUUUUAUAAACCCCACAAAGAGCAUCAUGCUUUCGAAGGUGGACGUAGGAGACAUUAAUAGUACUGAACUCCUAAGUUGUAAUAUUUUAUUUUAUUUUUGAGAUCCUCAAAAUAAGAAGAUGGACAAAACACUUGCAAAAAGCCUCACAACCCCAGCUUUAUUUUAGAUAUUUCUGUUCCUCUUGAGUUGCUGGUACUCGAAAGCAAGGAGAAUUGCUGCCUCAGUUGCUGAUCGUGAUGUUUCUUUUGACUUAUCAACACAAAAGUCACUUUUCUUUUAGUAUUCUUUUCUUUUUAAGGUAGAAGACUUUACAGUUAAGUAGUUUACUGUUACCUAGUUUAACUGCAAAUAUGCACAGGAAUGAUAUGCUGCUUUUUUUCUUCUAGACUUGCUGUACCUAGAGAAAUAAUAGCUGUGUGAACCAUGUUUUUUUUUUAUUUGCUUUGAGACAUUCCUAUCAUGUUAAGAACUACUCACAGAUCUGUACCCAGAAAGACUGAAAUUUGCACUGUUCUAAUAUACAGUGGGGGAAAUCCAAUAAUGGGAAUCCUACUCAAGCUCCAUUGAAAUUACUGGUUCUUGCACAGUCCCUGUGCGGACUGGGUGGCUUCUAGUGUCCUUAUGCACUCAUAAUGCCCAUACUGUAAUUUUAAAACAAUCACUGAACGGAGACUGUAAAUCGAAAAUACGUUUUUCUUUUGGCUGAUUUUUGAAUUUUGGAUGUAUGAACACUUUAACAAACAUUUCAUGUUGGCUCAGAUCUUAUGGGAGGCGUGCAAGAGGGAUCUAAGCUGGGCAGUGCUCAAGAAGAUACACUGUUUCUGAUUAUAUAUAUCCACUGGGAUUUCUGUGAUCAUAGUAGCACUUGAAGUGCUACAAUUGUGCUAAUUGUAGUGCAAAGGCCGUCACCAAGUUUAGAGCCGUUGAUCAUUAAUCAGUGUUUGUUUGUUGGCCAUCUGAAAACACGUACAUAUUUAGAAAAUGUAAUCAUCUUUCAAUAGGAAACCAUAAACAUUUUAUUCUGGGGGUGGCUAGUUUUGUUUUGUUUUGUAUAAACUCUAUCUAAAAACAAACAACUCCCCUUUAAAACUCUGUAUGCCCUCUCUUCAAAUGAGAACUUCAGAAGAUUACUUUUAUCACACUUUUUAUCAAACAGAACUUUCCUCCCCAGCCCACAGUCACUGUGAUCAUAUCGUAUGUGUUCUUCACUGAUUUAGGUCAAUAUCAAAUGCAGAGUAAUUUUAUUGUAAACAUAACCCAUACAAUUAUACGUAGUUGCAAGCUAUGAUGGCGCCUUAAGUACAUUUUUCAAUGUAGAGAGAAGUCAAUUAUACAUUGAAGCAUGAAUGUGAAAGUUUUCAAUAUUUAGUUUGUGUGAUUUCCUCCCCAUACUAAUUUAUUGGAGGUUUCGAUAUGUUUUUAUUACAGUACCAAAGAUUUAUUUAGUUCCUUGCUAGAGGGGUGUGCAUUCCUAUCUAGGCAGAAUUACUGGAUUAGUAUUAGUAUUUUGGAAAUUGUUCUGACUGCACUGAUAUCAGCCCAUUUAAUCUUACAAGAAGUAGCCAUUGGAAUUCAAUGCAUUUAUAAAUAAAUCAAUUUCCCCUUUUUAAUUUUUGUACUAGUUCAUCUGUAUUUAUGAAUUGUGCAUUUAAUGAGCAUUAUUAAAAGUUUUAUAAACUCA